GACCAAAGUUGUAUACCGAUAUUUAUGUCAAGUCUUUAUAUCUAUUCACUAAUUAUCUUCAUCUUUCAAAAAAUUGCUGUUUUGUAUGAUGGCUAGUUAUCGAGCUAACGCGAGAGGAAGUUAGCUUGCUUACGUCAACGUUAGCUUUGCUAUUUCAGCCAGUGUCAGUUUCGUUUUUGUAAAUUUAUGCUAUUUAUAACUUUUUGGUAUUUCGAUGGUCUACCAUAUCUAUCUAUGUAAUUUUUAUCACUUGCAUGAGCAACCCUUUCAGGCCUAUGGUUUGGCUCCAUGUCAGAACUAACUAACGUUCAGCCAGCAUUUGCCAGUGACGUUAGCUAGAUCUGCAUGACGGUUCGGGCUAGGCCUGCUGGUUAUCGCCAGCUUGUCACACCUACAAGGAAUCAGCUAAAGUCAAGAUAGGUCCCGCCCCCAAGUUUCCUGAUAUUAAAUCCAUAUUCCCCUAGAUUGCUUCUUUGAUCCCUCAUCUCUUCACUGGCAACUUUCUCUACAGAGAUUUGAUACGUUUACGUUCCAGCAUGUCUCACAACUACUCCUACAGACGACCACCACCAGCUAAAGAUCUAAGAGCCAGCGCUUUCGACUCUCCAGAUCACCUGCACCCUGGAGACCACAGUCACAAUGUUUACAGAUCGUCCCAGGAGGCUCCGUCUCAUUCCACAAUACCAUCCUACCCAUCCUCCUCAUCCAGAGCCUCUGCUGCCACCGAGUCCCCUUACUCCUUCUCACUAAGUCAGUCAGACCCUUACUCCUCCCUAAGCCGGUCAGACCCUUACUCUUCCUCUCUAAGCCGGUCAGACCAAACUCUGACCCUCCUGAGCAGCUGUGGGCUUGAGCCCAAAGACUUGUCUCUACUAGCCGAGAUGCCUGAGGAGCUCAUCACUGUGGAGAACCUACCACGUCUGCUCCUGGAGAUCAGAAAGAAGAGGGCGACACAGCAGCCACCAUAUCCAGCUAUGACCUCUUACCCCCCUGCUGCCACAUCUCGCCCCCCCACUGCUACCCCUCCUCCAGGCCGUGCGUGGGAGCAGCGUGACCAGAGUCGUUCUCAGCCAUUAGACUACCCCCACACCGCUCUUCCCCCUUCCCAACUCCUUCCCACAGAACAGGCUGAGCCCUGGCAACUAGAUCGUCAUGGCAACCCGAUGCAGUACACACGCUCUCGCCUAGAACCUGUGCCUGUCCGAGUUGUGGACUACCACUAUGGUAAAGAAACUCCCAGAAGUUACCAAACUCCUAGGUCCACUUACAACACGGCCCAAGGAGGAAGCCGCAACACCUGGAAACCCCCCAACUCGUCCCAACCAGCAGUAGAUUACAGGUACCCACCACCACCAGCUACAGACUACAGACCACGCCCAGACAAAGAUGUCCCAGUUGUCACAAUCAAGAUGGCCACCUCUGGCAAAACUCCCACCAAGAAGGCUGCUCUUGACUUCCACGGAGAAAUCCCCCAAACGUUUCCUUAUUCGUGCUCUCUCUGCGAUAUUACUGUUCUCUCUGAAAAGUGCUGGUUCACACACGUCAAUGGAACUCAACAUGCAGACGGACAGCUCACACUUCUUCAAAUGUAUCCUGAAUGGGAUUGCCGGAUGCAGACCGCCAGAAGUGGUGACGACCACACAGACAGACCAAGGGUUGAAGAGAAGACUGCUGGACCUUCCCAUAGGUCUAUUAACUACUUAGGUAAACCGUCAAGUAGCGGCUCUAGAAAAAACAUAGACACUAAGACAAAUGUUACAAAGGGGAGUGGCAAAGUGGUUUGUGCCAAAUUUACCGCCCGGUGUCUCAAUGAAGAUGGUUUGAAGGACCUGAUUAAACCGUUUGGGGAAGUUGUGAAAGUCAUCAUGUUCCCUGCUUUGGCGUUUGUGGAGUUGGGCUCAACUGACCAGGCCGCCGAUAUUGUGACAUACUACCUCAGUAACCCAGUGACGGUGAAAGGAGGGCAAGUCACCUUCUCUGUCUCGUCAACAUUUAAUUUCCUACAGAGUUCCCGGGUGUUGAGUUUUUCCCCGGUGCCUCCUGGUAAAGAGUCUGCCGCGUGGAAGAGAGAGUUACUGGCCGUCGCUGAAGGAUUUGGACCUGUGGAGCACUCUCUAUUCUUACCUACGCAGGCAUUUGUGGAAAUGACUAAUGCACUGGAUGCACAGAAACUUGUUGGACACCAUACAUCCAAACACCUGAAAAUAGAUGAGAUACAUAUUAAAGUGGCCUUCUCAUCAGAGUAUAAUACACUUCGGACCAUGUCUGAGAGGAAGUCUUCAGACAGGAAGUCUUCAGACAGGAAGUCUUCAGACAGGAACAGGAAGUCUGAAGACAGAUCUAAGAGAAAGAGAAGCCCAAGCCCCAGAAGGCGGUCCCUCAGCCCCAGGAGAGAUUCCCCAACCACCUCAAAGAGGAGGAGUAGAGAGAGGGAUAGCGACCGUCACAAAGAACGGGCGAAAUCGAACUGUGGGGGUAAAAACAGGCCAAAGUCCCCCAGCAAACAGAGCUCCAGUCGGUUGCCCAGAAGCCUUCGCUCCCAUACUAAAGAGCGGGUGUCCAGUGAGAAGGUAUCCCCCAUUUCCUCAUCCACUCGCUCACAACCUCCCACCAAGAAUAAGACCCCGUCCCAGUCCUCCACUGUGAUGGAGAAGUCCAAAAAGGCUGUCGACACGAUUGACCAGAGCAAGCAAGAAACUGCGACCCACGACAGCCAGGAGGAUGGAGCCAUGGAGGCCUGUGAUAUGGACAGUGACAUCGAGGGGAUGGCCGUGUAUGGGGAGGAUGGGGAGGAGAACUCUGACAUGGGAGAGGAGGGAGAGGUGGGAGAGGUGGGGGAGGGAGAAGAGGAACAAGGGGGACUGCAGGAGAGUGCUGAGGACUUGAUCCAGGAGUUUAAAGACCUAUGUGAGCCCAGGCAGAAAGCAACUUCUGGGACUGUCGAUGAUGCUCCUACAGAAGAGCUCUCAGCGACCGGGUCAGAACAGGGGAAAGAGCUCUCAGCGACCGGGUCAGAACAGGGGAAAGAGCUCUCAGCGACCGGGUCAGAACAGGGGAAAGAGCUCUCAGCGACCGGGUCAGAACAGGGGAAAGAGCUCUCAGCGACCGGGUCAGAACAGGGGAAAGAGCUCUCAGCGACCGGGUCAGAACAGGGGAAAGAGCUCUCAGCGACCGGGUCAGAACAGGGGAAAGAGCUCUCAGCGACCGGGUCAGAACAGGGGAAAGAGCUCUCAGCGACCGGGUCAGAACAGGGGAAAGAGCUCUCAGCGACUGGGUCAGAACAGGGGAAAGAGCUCUCAGCGACCGGGUCAGAACAGGGGAAAGAGCUCUCAGCGACCGGGUCAGAACAGGGGAAAGAGAUGGAUGGUGAAGACCAGAAAGGAGAUAUUUCAUACGCUGAUGAUGAGCCUGAUUUCCCAGAGGACCUUGAGAAUCUUAUUACGUUGGAUGAGCUAGAGGAGGAUUCCUCGGUUGAUAAUCAAGAUAACCAGUCAACAGAUGAGAUCAAGAGCAGAUCCAAGAGCAAGCCCUCAGGACGUGAUCAGACACCUGGUAGAGUGAUCUACAUCAAAAACCUUCCCAGAGGCUUCUAUACAGAUAGUGACUUCCUGAAGAUUGUUAAAGGCUUCGGGAGAGUGCAUCGCUAUUUCCUCCUUCGCAAUGGUGAAGAGGGCUUCAUUGAGAUGGAGAGGUCUUCUGAUGCGACAAAGGCUUUAAGAGAGCUGCGUUAUGAUGGCUGUAAAUUAUACGGCCAGAGGUUGAUCAUCCUGCGGUCUCAGAAAUACAAAAGACUAACAACAGGGUGGAAACCUGAAUCUGAUUCUAAAAGUGAUCGGAAGAAGGAUCACAUGAGUACUAGAAGCAGUAGCAGGAUAAGGAGUGGACGGACCAGCAGUCACUCAAAGUCAGCGGCUAAGGGCGACAAGACAAAAGAGAAGGACGACGAGACAAAAGAGAAGGACGAGGAGACAAAAGAGAAGGACGAGGAGACAAAAGAGAAGGACGAGGAGACAAAAGAGAAGGACGAGGAGAAAAAAGAGAAGGACGAGGAGACAAAAGAGAAGGACGAGGAGACAAAAGAGAAGACGGCACGACAAGUAUGCUCCGAGCCAGCCCAACACUGUGACAAGGAGGACAGAGGAGCGUCUGAAGGGGAUAUUGACCAAUCCUCCAACGGUGAAGACCAAAAGGAUGCCCCUGUCCCUGCUGCUGAGGAAGAGAAGCAGGCCUGUAGCAACGAGGAUAAUGCAGAAACCAAGAUGGAGGAUAAUGUGGAAACGAGACCAGAUUCCAUAAAGACUGGUAUGGAGUCAUCGUUCCAGGCCAACAACCCAGUGGGAAGAGAAUUCAUUAAACCUGUCAUUGGCUACUUCUGUGACCUGUGUCAAGUCAUCUAUGUCAAUGAGGACGAAGCAAAGAACCAACACUGCAGCAGCCUCUGUCACUAUCUGAAGUUUAUGGAACAUUCAGGUGAAGACACAGCCUCUAGCUAAAAGAUGUCCAUCUCUGGAGGAAGUUGACAAGAUGACAGUUUUAGGCCCAUUUUGACUGGAAGUGUACAUGUGCACACUUCCGGAGGAGGGUGGAGAAUCUGGAUGUUUCUUUAUAUUGCACUCAAGAAGCACGGCACAGGUUUACCUCAUUCAUGAGAGGCUCUUUGUGAAACUCAUCCUAGAACAAUAAAUGAGAUUGCAGAUUACAUUAAUCUGUAUUGGUUUAUAUGAACAAAUGUUCAGCACCUACCUAUAUAUAUAUUGUUAUGUUUGUGUUAAAAUAGCUCAGAUCUACUUUCUGUAACGUGAAUUGUUUGUUCGGUUUUCCUAUGUAAUUUGUUUUCAAGAUUUGUGUUAAAUUGAACUUCAUUCUCUAAAAGAUUGUUAAUAAACAUGCUUAAUUAUUGCA